UUGUCUUUAACCAAACGUCCAUCGUACUUAGUUUAUUACGUGUCGUUAGAGGUUAUGUUACUUUACUAACUAUCUGAAUAUACAUUUAAUUAUACAAAUCUUUACAAAUAUUAUAAAGUAUGUCUAGAAAAAAGUUAGUGUCAUACAUUAGGCCUGAAGAGCCAAAAUUUUUAAGAGAAUUAAAAGAACAGAUUAAAUACAAGGAAGGACCAACAAUUAAUACAAAGAAAGAAAUUUUGCCACGUGUCUCUGACAAUGAGGAGGAAGAUAUAGACGGAGAGAAGCCUCUUGUUGUUGUAUUAAAUUCAGGAGACUUAACUGCGGAAGAAGCAGAAGCUUAUGAAAAACAAAAACAAAAAGAGGAAGCUGAAGCUCCGAUUGAUUUGUCUAAACGUGUAAUAUUUAAUAAAGAUAAAUUGAAAAAGAGACAUUCAGAUACGAUUGACGGAUCUGCUAAUAAAAAAGUUAAAAAGAGCAAACAAAAGAAAGCUGUUUUAUCGUUUAACGAUGAAGAGGAUGAAAAUUUAGGAUAAGAUGUAAUGUGUGUGUGUGUGGGAGUGUGUGUGUGUUUGUAUGUGUGUGUAAAUAUUAUAUUUAUUUUUUAUUUACCGAAUAUUUUUUGGUAAUAAUAUCUGUUAUAUUCAUUACCAAUAAUAUUUGUAUAUUCACAUUAUUUUUACUAUAACACUUGUCUACAAAAUAUUGUGACAAAGUAUUUGUCAUUAAUAAUUUGAUGCAAUUGAUAUUGUAUAAAUUUCAAUUAAGAUUGUACAUAUGAUACAUUUUCAUAAAUAUAAUUUAUAUAUAAUGUAUUAAUGAGAUACAUUUAUACAAUAAUGGAAAACUUGAAGAAAAAAAAUGUAUAUAAUAAAUAUAAGUGUAUAUAUAUAUUUAUAUGAGAAAGAGAGAGAGAGAGAGAGAGAGAGAGAGAGAAAGAGAGAGAG